AUGACAGGAAAAUGCAGAAAUACCCAAGAGCAUUUGUAUAAGCCUGGAGAAGGAAUCAUCGGUGGCGUUCUUUCUCUAAUACAACCUUUGGAGUAUUCACCCAAUUUUACAGCUGUUCCCGAUAGCAAUCAUGAUGGUGCUGUCGUAAAGUUAAAAUAUUAUCAACAUGUCUUUGCCUUGAUUUUUGCCAUUCAUGAGAUCAAUGGCAACCCACGGCUCCUGCCCAAUAUCACACUGGGGUUCGAUCUCUAUGACAACCUGUUUAACUUCAGAAGAACAUACAAGGUCAUCCUGGAUCUACUCUUCAAGCAGAGAAAGAAUAUGCCCAACUACAAGUGUGAUAGGAAAGAUGUAUUGUCUGUUAUUGGGGGAUUCAGUUCAGAAUAUUCUAUGCAGAUGGCCAUCAUCUUAAGUAACUACAAGUUUCCACAGCUCACUUUUGGUUCAUUUGAAGCUACAGUAAGAGGCAAAAGUGAUUUCCCUUUUUUGUACCGGAUGGCAGCAAGAGAAACCACAUAUCAUAUGGGGAUCAUUCAGCUUCUUCUGCAUUUCAGAUGGACAUGGAUUGGCCUGGUUGUAUCUGAGGAUGAUGCUGGGGAAAACUUCGUGCAGAAACUGACUCCUUUGUUUGCCCAGAACAAAAUAUGUGUUGCGUUCUUGCAAAAGGGUACAGCAAAUGACCUUGUUCUUAAACAUAAAAUUAAAAGAAUCCUCCACCCUUAUCUGGAAAACAUCCACUUUAACAAUGGAGCUGCCCAAGAAGUCUUGUUUGAGAACAAAGAAUUGAGCACUGGAUAUGAUAUCAUCAACUGGGUCACUUUCCCCAAUCAGUCCUACCAAAAAGUCAUGGUUGGAAGGGUUUCAUCAAGUCAAAUGUUCAGCAUUAUCAAUGAUGCUAUUGUGUGGAAUAGAAGAUUAAAGGAGAUGCCACCACGGUCCACAUGUGUCAAAAGCUGCCAUACUGGACACAGCAAAAUUGUUCAAGAAGGAAAACCAGCCUGUUGCUACGACUGCACUCCGUGCUCAGAAAGCAUGAUUUCUAACAAGAAGGAUGCAGCUUAUUGUAUCAAGUGCCCAGAAGAUCACUAUCUAAAUGAGAACCAUGACCACUGUAUCCCUAAGGUUACAUCUUUCCUAUCCUACCAAGAGCCCUUGGGCAUUGUUUUGGUUAGUGUUGCUCUUUCCUUUGCUGUGAUCACUUGUUUUGUGAUACAAACCUUCCUAAAGAAUUGGAACACCCCCAUUGUCAAAGCCAAUAACCAGAACCUCAGCUGUGUUCUUCUCAUUUCCAUCCUGUUGUGCUAUCUUUCUUGUUUGCUCUUCAUUGGCAAACCGGGGAAGGUAUCCUGCCUUCUCCGACAAAUGACUUUUGGCAUCAUUUUCUCUGUGGCAGUUUCUUGUGUGUUGGCAAAAACAAUCCUUGUGGUCCUGGCCUUCAUGGCCACAAAGCCAGGCAACAGGAUGAGGACAUGGCUGGGCCAAAAAGUGGCUAUUUCUAUUGUUCUUUCCUGCUCCCUCCAACAAGUGUGUAUUUGUAUUGCAUGGUUCUUGACCUCACCACCAUUCCCAGAUGUUGACAUGUACUCACAGACUGGGAAGAUCAUACUGGAAUGCAAUGAAGGUUCCAUCACCAUGUUCUACUCUAUGUUGGGCUGCAUUGGCUUUCUGGCCCUCAUCAGCUUCAUUGUAGCUUUCUUAGCCAGAAGCUUGCCUGACACCUUCAAUGAAGCCAAGUUUAUCACCUUCAGCAUGUUGGUGUUUUGCAGUGUUUGGAUCUCCUUUAUUCCAGGUUAUCUGAGCACCAAGGGGAAACACAUUGUGGUGGUGGAGCUUUUUGCCAUCUUGGCCUCCAAUACCGGACUGUUGGCUUGCAUCUUCUUCCCCAAGUGUUACAUCAUUGUUUUCAGGGCUGAUCUCAACACAAAGAACCUGCUAACUGGGAAAAGGAUGGGCUGA